AUGAAGGGUGCAUAUCUCGGCGCAGACCUAAUGUCCCCUUUCAAAUCUGAGACAAUCAAUCUGAUGCUCUUCCAACUCUGUGCCAAAGCCCACGAGAUGGCGAUCGUUGCCAGCCUAGCCGUGAUCGUCCUGCAAUAUAUCCGCCAUGAACUUCUCUUUGGAGAAGGGCUGCCUUUGGGUCUUCUGGGCUCCGGGCUAGCCUUUAAUCAUGUUGAGUAUUUCAUCUCCCAGGAGUUUCGCGGGAGCUUGAGAUAUGUGGCUGCCGGAAGCAAGACCCGCAAGAUUGCUCUGAUAGCUCUUAUACUCGUCGCAGGAGUAGUAGCUGCCCUAGCUGGACCUGCAAGUGCAACGCUACUCGUUCCGAAAUCUCAAGACUGGAGCGCAGGCGGGACUCCCUUCUACCUGAACGGCACAGACGACCAGUUCUGGCCGGAUGACCUAUCUGAAGACAUAUCAGAGCUCCAGGCACUCUGCACACAGGAAACCUCCGCAGAGCGAGCAAUCUGCCCUGGCGGGGGAUACGGAUCUCUACUAGCUCACUGGGGAACCAUGAAUAGCAGCACAUUUCAAACCCAGGGCGUCCGCUCCUACGCGAAGGAACUCUCGGGAUCGAGAUUCUACUGGCCUAUUUCGAGUCCUUUAUCACUGAUUCCCCCUCUUUACGCCCUUGGCGAUAUCCAGCAAGAGCCUAAUGGGAAGACCACGUUAACCCAGCCACACGCAGCUACAACGGUGAUAUUACAAAAGCUAGCAGAAGACUGGUGGAACGCCCUUCAAGAAGAGAAAGGCCUCACAGAUAACCAAGUCGAUGACCGGACUGCCUUGGCUACCUUCAAGAAUGCCAUUACAGUCGUCCGGUGUGGAGAACCCCAGCAACUACGCGCUUCAGACACAGUCGUAGUAUUCCCAGUUGUCCACGGCCGGUUCGACUUCGGCGAUGCUCUGCCACUUGAGGUAGAAACCCUGAACAAAACUCGCGCUGACCACCUGCGGUUCCAAUGGGUUCACCUCCCUGCCGACUUUGGAGCCGCCAGUAUAGGAGGACUCUUCGAGUCGCCAUGGUCGUCAAGAUGGACGGGCGAGUCAUCCAGAGCUGUGAUCGGUUGUACAGUCCAGGCGGGCUGGGUUCCAGCCACAGUUUACACAGACAAAUACACCUUCUGGACAGGCUGGUACCCGUGGAAUAUCCUUUUCGGCGACCGGACCCCUGCAUACAACCCUGCCUCCACUGAGCGAACAAAUGGCCGCGUUGCACUCGGCGACGAUUGGCUUGAACUGUUGACACCGCCGGCCGCUGCAACAGCCCUAGAGGACAGUUCCUGGUACCCUUCCACAAUCGAAAGCAUCUUCCACGCUGCCGGCGUAGCAACAAGUCCGGAAUCAUGGCUUUCAAGGGACAACGCAGCCUGGGAACGCGUCUCGCUGGUCGAAGCCAUCAUCUGUAGUGUUAUCCUGGACGGUCUGAGCCGAACAGGAAGUCAUCGCGUAUUCAACACCACUAGAUCCUUGUCAGACUGGUCCAUAACGAACUAUACCCCCCUUCCAGAGUUCACUUCUUUAAUUCUUGAAAACAGACCAGCUAUGCAGGCCCCAUCAACCAACCCAGACAGGUAUAUCACACUCAAAGCAGAGAUGAAAAUCAGCGGUUUUUCAUUGCAGAGUUCCCUAGCUACAUACCUCGCCAUGUCCGUACUCCUAAUUCAUAUGUUCAUGGCAACGGCGCAUACUAUCUACAUCAUCGUGCAAAGACACACAUCCGGGAGCUGGAGCACAGUCGGAGAACUCAUUGCGCUCUCGCAGAACUCCCGGCCCGCAUUCUCGGUCUUGCCUAAUACCGGGGGCGGUAUUCAGCGCUUGAAGACUUAUGCGAAGGUAGCGAAGAUCCGAGUCAUAAGAUGCCCGGACUCUAGCGUGGACAAUGACGAUGCCGAACGUAUUGAGUUGCUCUUUGAUGACUCGUCGGUCUCAGAUUCUGCUCUUGAAGAUAGUAAGCGCAGCUUUAGAGAACCUGGAAACGAACUGCGUCGCUUGCGCAAGAGCCGGUUAUUCCACCCGGCGACAUGGCCGCGACCCCAUAUCUACACUGAGCAGGUCGGAUCAAUAAGCGAGAAUAAUUGGCCUUUGCCGAGCUCUACGGAAAGGCUGGUUCCGGCUUCAGAUCUCGGUACGGGGUUGGCGGAGAGAGCAAUCGCGACGAGAGUACAGUUUGAUAGUCAAUACUCGUGA